AUGUGCAGUGCACUUGGUGGUGACAGACUCAUUGUCCCAGACACACGUCGUUGCUUCAGAGUGGCUCCAACCCCGGUCAGUAGCUUGAAGUGUGAAAAUUCGCGCGAGAUGCCGAACAAGGCAACGAGCUGCUUGAUGCUUCUGUCACUUGCCCGACUCACGGCCGGUCGACUGGCAUGCCAGGCUUCAAGCUCUUGCUUUGCAGGCGACAAUGAGAGCUUCGGGUUUUUGCAGCUUCAAAGUCGAGGUUCCGCGAAGGAGUCACAGCCCUCGCAGGCUCCGGCUCCGGGCUACACCGUCUUCGAGGACUUCGAGAUGUACACUUCCCCCGGCCAGUGGCCGCCUUCAAACGUGACGGUGAUAGACGCCUCAAGUGCUGGUACAGUGGUGUUUGAUGGUACCAACCGGUUCCUGACUGGAGCAUCCACUCCGGUGUCAGGCAUCAUCUUUGAUUCACCGGUCACCAGCAAGGUAGGAACCACCUUGCAAGCUUGGCUUCGAUUCCCGCCAACGGGACAGGGUGAUGGCCCCAUCAACAUCGGCUUCGACAGCAACUCAGAUUCGGCCAAGUAUUUGCAGGUGAACCGGCGGCAGCGAGAGGUUAGAGGCCCGUACGUCAUAGAAGUCCGAUUUGGAGAAGCCCUGUUGGGGGAAGUUACCUCUUUCUAUGGAGUCAGCGAUUUCGAGGGUCCUUGGCAUUGGGCCCAGGAUUAUCAGUUUUUCAAUGCGGACGAAGAGUGGAUUAGAGUUUUGAUAACCGUCCUUCAAGGUCAGAUUGUGUGGGCGAGGAUCUACGACUACUUCGGAGACUUUCGGCUAGCAGCGUGGCACAAUUUCUGGCUGGGCAGCUCUCGAAACAACGAGGAAUUAGACUCGUCUCUGUUUGGUAGCACGAUCUCCCAAUCUGGGACUUCGUCCGUAUGGCUCGACGGGGAUCGCCAAGUGGACGAGCUCGCGACCUGCCAAGCUCCGAUCCCGGCGUCGCGGGUCUCCACGGACCAAGGGCAGUGCAGCCACUCCUUCGCCUUUGAUGACAUCUGCAUCCCUUCACUGUCCUACACCUGCACCCCGAGCACUUUGCCCUUGGGGACCUCUACAGUGGAGUGCGUGGGAAAGGAUAGGAACAGUAGCACUAGCAGUAGAUUCCGUGGUGCCCGGAGCCGUGGACCAGACAAUGUGUACAACUUUGAGAUCACGGUCGUCGACCCGCAGCCGCCCGUCUUUGACACCCUUCCGAACGUGACUGUCAAUGCGGGUUGCCAGGGCAUAAAGCAAGUUUUCUUCGAGGCCACGGCCACGGACGACUGUUCCACGGAGAUCACCUGCACUCCCGCAUCCGGCUCCCUCUUCCCGGUAGGAAACACGACAGUGGAGUGCACGGCAACUGAUCCGUCCGGAAACACUGCCACGUCCAGCUUUCGGGUGGGCGUGGCCGGAGAUGUUGGUUGCAACUCCUCCUCCCCUCCGUGGAGCCCUCCGUGUGAUUCGGUGCCGAGCCUUCCGGAUAUUCCCAGCAUCGAUGCCGAGUCCCCCUCCUGUACCACAGCCCAGGUCAGUUUUGAUGUCUCCGUGGUGGCAGGCUGUGGAGCUGAAUCCGUUUGCGUACCCCCCUCCGGCUCCUUGUUUCCGCUGGGAAUCACCAAGGUGACCUGUACGGCAUCCAACGAAGUUGGCAAUGACAGCAUGAGCUUCGAGGUCAAAGUGUCGUGUACCAGGCCACGCCCACGGUGGCGUCGUCGACAAUUGCAAUCUUAUGCCGAUGCUUCAUGA